UGUCUCCAGUUCUUAUCCCCGAGGUGCUGGCUACUGAAGGAAUAGGCAGGGCCAAGGCAGCCGGACAUUUCCAGGUUCUGGAACCACCAGACAGGCAGGUCGCUCUUCAGAAUGAAAUCGUCUGGACUUUUGAGCCUCAUGGUGCUGUGCAUCCUCUUCAUGAAUGUCCUGGGACCUGGUCUGAGUGGACAGUUCUUUUCCAAGAGAUGCCCCAGAGUCAAAGAGCAAUGUGAAUUCAAAGAAAGGGACCUGUGUACGAGCGACAGACAAUGCCCGGACAGAAAGAAGUGCUGCCUCUCCAGCUGUGGAAGAAAAUGUCUAGACCUCGAACACGAUAUAUGCACUAUGCCAAAAAAAAGUGGCCCGUGCAUGGCUUUGUUUCUUCGGUGGUGGUACGCUAAGGAGAAUAAUACCUGCUCCCCUUUCGUCUAUGGUGGCUGCCUGGGAAACGAUAACAACUUCCAAACCAAAGCCAUCUGCCUGAAUUUCUGCCAAAAAAGACACUUCUUCCUGAAUGGAUAAGGACACACUGGGACAAUGCCAGGAUUUAGCUCAUGCUCUGAGGACCUGUCCAUGAACCUGACUGAUGCUCUGGCUUGGCUUCCACAGUUCCACCCUCAGCGUUCCGAGGCCCGUACCUCUCCCCAAACUGAACCGCAGGGUCUGCCUCCCCUUCCUCCCUCUCUGCCCCUUUUCAUGAAUAAUAUCCUUCUGGUUUGAUCCCACAUUUAUAUCUUACCCCUUUAUCUCUAACUUCUAGAGCUCCUUACUUAUACUGUGUGGCUCUCAAUUUUUCCCAAUAAAGUACUUGGCUUAGUCCUUUA